CGCGUCAGUGCCAUCAUAGUCCCGGUUCACACCCAUCGACCGUGCGACGACGACCUACGACUACGACGACGAACUCACCCCGACCCAGAUCGCGACUCCACCCCACCCCCCACGCGCGCAAUACUCCGGCGAUCGUGGUCGCGACCUGACUGGGCAAACGUAACAGCUUGCUGCUGCUAGGUCGCCAUCGCGCUGGCGGGGGGGACAAACACCAUCACCACACCACCCUCGCCAUUGCUCCUGCUGUUGCAUCUCACUCAACCACCAUGGAGACCAUGGCGGCCCAGGCGGGGCCAUCACGCCGCCAGUCAGCGGCUGGCUUGUCAGCAGCAAUGGGCUAUGACACGAGGAUAGCCGACUUUCCCCACGCUCCCAGCUCGUUCCCCAAUGGCAUGGCGACUGCACUGCUACCCACCGCGACGACCUCGGCGCCGGCGUCAAUCCUCAGCAACCGCCCGUAUGCCGACUCGUUGGGCGCGUCGGCGUCCGACUCGGGCUCGACCCGGUCGCUGUCGGUCCACUCGCGCGAGCGCAACCCCACAGCAGGCGUGUUCGGGCGCCGCGGAUCAGCCGCAGGAGGGAUGGUCCGCCCCGGCAACAAGACGAAGAGCAUGACGAGCAGCUCGAACCGCUCAUACCGGUCCAACAAGUCGAACCGGUCGUCCUCGAUCCACGACACGGCGUCAGGCGAGCAAAUGUUCGAGAUGACGGCGGUGACCCUGCGCGCUGGGGGAAAGAAGCGCGUGCACGAGGACCCGAGCACACGCGUCGACAGACGCAAGGCUGAAGCUGCGAUGCAGAAGUGGAGGAGAUGGAUCGUCGAGCAGCCUACCCAGCCUAGUCCGGCGGACACCAACCCCCUCUUUGGCCCGCCUACAAGUCUGGCAGAAGCAUCGAGAUAUUCCCCCGCACCAACGCCGCCCGCGUCGCACGGAUCGUUCUUAAUAUCGCCGCGCGGCUCCCUCGCAGGGCCGAGCACGCUAGGACACGGCGUGAUGAGCAGCGCGGCCACUCACACCUCCGAGGUAUCACACAAUGUCGGCCCGAGCACACCGGUCAGCACGACAGUACCAUUGGGGCCCGGUUUGGACAUCUACACGACCGAGUCGACGCGCGUGCUGCGCGACGUCGAGCUCGCGAUCGACCCUGGGUACUUUGGCGGUGACGCAACGUCACCUGCCCAGAGAACACGUCGGCUGUCGACACAUCCACGGAUAUCACCGAAAGAGAAUCCAUUCUCAUUCAUCGACACAUUACUAUCACGGCGGGGGAUACGGCCGCUCGUGCUCGAGCUCGUCGUGUCACUAGGCGCGUACGUGGACGCCGUGUGGUCGACGACACACCCCGACGAGCCAAUCCCUUGGACUGGGAUGCCUAUGCCCACAGCACAGCGCCGGGUAUCCUUUGCGUCUGGUGCUGCUCCGCCACGAAGAAUGUGGAGCAGCUGGACGAUCACAGCGGUACAAGAGGCCAAGAAGCGCGGGUUCCUUGCCAACCCCCAGACGCAGAGCGAUGUCGACUUUUGGGGUUGGGAGAUUCGCUAUGGCCUGCGGGAUACGGACGAGGCGGUCAACCGGCGCAAGGACAUGGGCUGGGCUUUUGGCGAGGCUGUCAUCAGAGGGCAGUACGGGGAUAUUGUUCCGGCGAAUGUGUUUGCAACCGACGGUGGCGGCGGCAAUAUUCCCCGGUUGUUGAACGACCUGGAAGAGGCCCUGUGGGGUGACGCGAUGCCAGCGUCCUCAGACCUGGCGUUUGAGCACGACGGCGUGUUCGACCCGUUCUCAGUGUACCGCGAGGGCGACGAUCUCAUUGGCAUCGACAGCCAGAAGAAGAACCCGGAGGAGCGGGAGGCCGAGCUCCGCAAGGUGUUUGGCGACGCGUUCAGCGCGUACGCGCCGCGUCCCCGGUCCGGCGUGGUUCCAACAAGCCAGGCUAUCCCGGCCUACUCGCCGGAGCAGCUCCACCCGCCUCCGCUCUCGUCGCCCUCGUCGCCAGUGUCGGCCAAGCACGAGCUGUCGCUGCGCACACCGGCCGACCAUCACGUGGCCGCGAUGCCCGACCUCGACUUUUCGGUUCUCGGCGCGCUGCAGGAGAUGUCGAUGGAGGAGAAGCUCGAGCUCGGUCGCCGGCGGCACCAGGAGUACCUCGAGCGGACGCGCGCAGAGGCGGGGGAGGUGGCUGCGGAGAAGGGAGAGGCGGUCGCGGCGGUGUAAUCGUGUACAAUAGCUUCUUGGUAUCAUCUUCAU